GUCAUAUUUUCCGGGCACUUUAAAAGCAGACUCUGCGCGGAUAUCAGCAUGAUUUGCAACAUGGCUUUUCUCCUGUUAGGAUGGUCUCUACUCCUCCUGGCGACAGAUGCCAGGGCUCUGCAAGCAGCCAUUGGACUGAACUCAUCCAUGGUGAAGCUUGGAAGCAGUUUGUGGAUGAAUUGCUCAUACGACCUCGAAGGUGACACGUUGUACGCCGUGAAAUGGUUCAAGGAUGGCAUCGAAUUCUAUCGAUUCAUGCCACAGAGCGAUCCACAGCAAAAGUUCUUUCCACUGCGUGGUCUCGAAUCUGUUGAUCGGCAAAAGACCACGAGAGGUGACGUGUUCAUCGCAUCUGCGCGCAAAGCAACUCAAGGCCUGUACCGAUGCGAGGUGUCAGCGGACGCGCCAACUUUCAGUACAGCUCAAGCAGAGACUGAACUAACAAUAGACGCACGUCCUACAGUGACAGGUUUGACGAUCUCGCGAUCAACGCUCCAAACAAUGUGGCUCAAUUGUAGCUACGAGUUGGCUCCUGAGAAGGAGGACAGUUUUACCCUAUCCUGGUACAAAGACGGAGUAUUGAUCUACGGGGUCACGGCGACUGGUCGCACAAUGGGUGGGAUUCAGCGAGUCCCCGUCCGCCCGUACCCAGGCAUACACAUCGAUGACCAGAGAUCUUCAGGCGGGAACGUGCUUCUCCAAGACGUGAGCAAGAAUGCCAGUGGAACUUACCGUUGCUUAGUCAAUAGUCGGCCAGGUGAUUUGAGCGACGCCAAAGAGAUGCUUGUCACUAUCAACGAUGACGUGCCACCAUUGCCAAGUGACAAGCAAGAGAUUAACUCCUGUCCAGAACCGGAAGACGUAGAUGUCUCAGCCAAAAGGAAAGGCAAGAAAAUCAUCAUCACGCUUUACAUGCCAGAUGACUGACGAACUGCCAGUAAUGGACAAUCAGGGCCGGCACGUCGAUCCUUUGUGCAUUGUCUUUAUGGUCUUUAGGGCGCAGUGUUCUGAAAGCUGCUACACGGAUUCUAAGCAAUAAAAGUUGUACGGUUAUAGUCUC